AUGGAGAUGCUUCAGAUCUUGGAAAAUGCCAUCUUGAAUCCGGAUCCCAACAAGAGAACCGAGGCUGAGUUGAAGUUGGCGGAAGCCUCCAACAACCACUUUCCCGAGUACAUGAACUUGUUGGCAGAUGCGGUAGCCAACCAGGACGCCAAGCGGGAAGUCCGUAUGUUGGCAGCCAUCGGGUUGAAGAACCAAUUGACGUCUAAAGAAGACAAGAACCGCAUUGCCCAGGCCCAGAGAUGGGCCGCAUUGAACACCGAGUUGAAGCAGAAGAUCAAGGAUAUCUCGUUGAAGACUUUGGGCGACAGCGACGACAAGGUCGGUGCGUCGUCCGCGCAAUUGGUGGCUGCCAUCGCCAACAUUGAGUUACCCAAGAGCGAGUGGCCUGACUUGAUCCCCAUCAUCAUCGAGAACACCAAGCCUGAGAACUCCGUCAACCUCAAGAAGACCUCGCACACCGCCAUUGGCUACAUCUGCGAGAACGCGGACCCCAACAACCCUGCCAUCAUCGCCCAGGCCAACGGAAUCUUGAUUGCCAUCAUCCAGGGUGUUCAGAGCAGCGAAACCUCCAAGGAAGUCAGCCUUGCUGCCUUGAACGCGUUAUUCAGCUCGUUGGACUUCAUCAAGCACAAUUUCGAGAAGGAAGGUGAAAGAAACUACAUCAUGCAAGUGGUUUGCGAAGCCACCCAGGCAGACGACAACGAGUUGCAGGCCAGUGCCUUCGGAUGUCUUGCCAGAAUAAUGUCUCUCUACUACAGAUACAUGUCCCUCUACAUGGAGAAGGCAUUGUAUGGAUUGACCGUCUCUGGAAUGCAAAGCGACGAUGAAAAGGUCGCCUGUAUGGCCGUCGAGUUCUGGUCCACUGUUUGUGAAGAAGAAUUGGAAGUUGCCUACCGCAGAGAGGACUUGGGCUUGGGUGCUGCUCAGACCGAUUCCCGCCCAGAUUUGGUCUCCUACAACUUCGCUUUGGUCGCUAUCCAAGAUGUUUUGCCCACCUUGUUAACUUUGUUGACCAGACAAAAUGAAGAUCCUGAGGAUGAUGACUGGUCUGUUGCUAUGGCUGCUGGUGCAUGUUUACAAUUGUUCGCCCAGAAUGUCGGUAACUACAUCGUUGAACCUACUGUGCAUUUCGUAGCUGCAAACAUCGCUGAUGCCAACAGCUGGAGAAAUAGAGAGGCUGCUGUUAUGGCUUUUGGCUCGAUAUUGGAAAACCCUGAUAUUGAUAACUUGAAAGACGUCAUUCCGCAAGCCUUACAGCCCAUUCUUGGUUUAAUCAAUGACGACGUCUUGCAAGUCAAGGAAACUGUUGCCUGGUGUUUGGGUAGAAUCGCUGACUUGGUCAUUGCUGCCAUUGAUCCUUCCAACUUGCCUGCCAUUUUGGAGGCUUUGGUGACUGGUUUGCAAGAUCACCCAAAGGUUUCUACUAACUGUUGUUGGGCAUUGAUAAAUAUUUUAGAAAAGUUGUGCCCAAAUGCUUCAUUCGAGGAUUCCAGUGUGAUGUCACCUUUCUAUGCCACCAUUGUGCCAAUUUUGAUUCAAUUGACCGGUAAGAACGACAAUGAAUUCAGCUCAAGAGCAUCUGCAUACGAGGCCCUCUCUACCUUUGUUACCCACAGUGCCAACGACACCAUGCCAGUCGUCCAAAACAUUGCCACAGAAGUAUUGUCGAGAUUGGAGACUACCAUCAGUAUGCAAUCUCAAGUCAGCAACAGUGAAGACAGGGGUAAUUUGGAAGAAUUGCAAAUCAACAUCUUAUCGUUGUUGACCAAUGUUAUCAGAAGAUUGAGUAAUGAUGUUGCUCAAGCUGCUGACAAUUUGAUGUCUAUGUUCUUGAAAUUGUUGAGUGCACAAGAAAAGAACUCAUUGAUUGAAGAAGAUAUCUUUAUUGCUAUCUCAGCAGUUGCUGGUGCGGUUGGUUCCGGUUUCAACAAGUACAUGGGGGCCUUCUUACCUUACUUGACUCAAGCCUUGCAAAAUACCGAUUCUCCAACCUGCAACACUGCCGUUGGGUUGGUCGCAGACUUGUCACAAUCCUUAGGAUUGGGUUUGAUGGAAUACUUGGACGGAUUGAUGAACAUCUUGGGUGCAAACUUGAACAAUGCUGAGGUCAGAAAGGAAUUGAGGCCCGCAAUCUUGUCUUGUUUCGGUGACGUCGCUACCUCAAUUGGAUCUGCGUUCCAGCCAUACCUCGAUAUCGUCAUGCAAAUCUGUAUACAUGCAUCUCAAAUUGAACCUGAAGAUCAAUCUAUCGAAGCGGUUGACUACGUGUUGAACGUUAAGGAAUCCGUGUUGGACUGUUUUGUUGGAAUUGUUGGAGGCUUGGGUGACCAUCCUGCGGCAAUCCACCCUUAUAUCGGAGCUAUCUUCCAAUUCUUGGAAAGGGUUGCGAGUGACAUCAACAUGUCUGCCACUGAUGCUGUUUGCAGAUCUGCAACUGGAUUGUUGGGUGACUUGGCUGCUAUGUAUCCCCAAGGAGAGUUCAAGCAAGCAUACCUCCAACCCUGGAUCACCGAGUUCAUCAAGAAGACCAGAUCGAACCAGUACUUCGAAGACAAGACCAGGGAAGCCGCCAGAUGGGCCAGAGACCAGCAAAAGAAGCAAAUGGCUUUAUAA